AUGUCACAUUUUAACAGACACCCUCCAACAGACACCCUCCAACAGACACCCUCCAACAGAGACCCACCAAACAGACACCCUCCAACAGACACCGUCCAACAGACACCCCUCCAACAGACACCGUCCAACAGACACCCCUCCAACAGACACCCUCCAACAGAGACCCACCAACAGACACCCUCGAACAGACACCCUCCAACAGAGACCCACCAACAGACACCCUCCAGACAGACACCCUCCAACAGAGACCCACCAUCCACCAGACAUCCUCCAACAGCAACCUCAACAAGACCCACAACAGACACCCUCCAACAGAGACCCACCAACAGACACCUCAACAGAGACCCACCAACAGACACCCUCCGACAGACACCCUCCAGCAGACACCCUCCACCAGACACCCUCCAACAACCACUCAAAAACUCCCAACAGACACCCACCAACAGACACCCUCAACAGACACCCUCCAACAGACACCCUCCAACAGACACCCACCAACAGACACCCUCAACAGACACCCUCCACCAAACACACCCCUCCAACAGACACCCUCCAACAGACCCUCCAACAGAGACCCACCAACAGACAUCCUCCAACAGACACCCUCCAACAGACACCCACCAACAGACACCCUCCAACAGACACCCUCAACAGACACCCCAACAGAACCCUCCAACAGACACCCCAACAGACACCCUCCAAGACACCCUCCAACAGACACCCUCCAACAGACCCCUCCAACAGACACCCUCCAACAGACACCCCUGCAAGAGCACCCUCCAACAGACACCCUCCACAGACACCCUCAACAGACACCCUCCAACAGACACCCUCCAACAGACCCCAACAGACACCCCUCCAACAGACACCCACCAACACCAACAGAGACCCACCAACAGACACCCUCAACAGACACCCUCCAACAGACACCCUCCAACAGAGCACCCUCCAACAGACACCCACCAACAGACACCCUCCAGCAGACACCCUCCAGCAGACACCCUCCAACAGAGCACCCUCCAACAGACACCUCCAACAGACACCCUCCAACAGACACCCUCCAACAGACACCCUCCAACAGACACCCUCAACAGAGACACCUCAAGCAGACACCCACCAACAGACACCCACUCCAACAAACACCCUCCAGCAACCACCACUCCAACAGACACCCUCCAACAGACACCCUCAACAGACACCCCUCCAACAGAGCACCCACCAACAGACACCCUCCAACAGACACCCUCCAGCAGCCCUCCAACAGACACCUCCAACAGACACCCUCCAACAGACACCCUCCAACAGACACCCUCCAGACACCCUCCAACAGACACCGUCCAACAGCACCCCUCAACAGACACCCUCCAACAGAGACCCACCAACAGACACCCUCCAACAGACACCUCAACAGAGACCCACCAACAGACACCCUCGAACAGACACCCUCCAACAGAGACCCACCAUCCACCAGACAUCCUCAACAGCCAACCUCCAACAGAGACCCACCAACAGACACCCUCAACAGAGACCCACCAACAGACACCCUCAACAGAGACCCACCAACAGACACCCUCAGACAGACACCCUCCAACAGACACCCCUCCACAGACACCCUCCAAUAGAAAACCCUCCAACAGAGACCCACCAAAGACAUCGUCCAACAGACACCCUCCAACAGACACCCCAACAGACACCCUCGAACAGACACCCUCCAACAGACACCCUCCACCAGACACCUCAACAGAGACCCACCAACAGACACCCUCCAACAGAGACCCACCAACAGACACCCUCCAACAGACACCCUCCAACAGAGACCACCAUCCACCAGACAUCCUCCAACAGCCACCCUCCAACAGAGACCCACCAACAGACACCCUCAACAGAGACCCACCAACAGACACCCUCGAACAGACCCCUCCAACAGCCACCUCCAAGACACCCUCCAACAGAGACCCACCAACAGACACCCUCAGACAGACACCCUCCAACAGACACCCUCCACCAGACACCCUCCAACAGAAAACCCUCCAACAGAGACCCACCAAAAGACAUCGUCCAACAGACACCCUCCAACAGACACCCACCAACAGACACCCUCCAACAGACACCCUCCAACAGACACCCUCCACCAGACACCCCUCCACAGACACCCUCCACCAGACACCCUCCAACAGAAAACCUCCAACAGACACCCCUCAACAGACACCCUCCACCAGACACCCUCCAACAGACACCCCACCAACAGACACCCUCCAACAGACACCCUCCACAGACACCCUCCACACAGACACCCUCCAACAGACAGCCCUCCAACAGAGACCCACCAAAGACAUCGUCCAACAGACACCCUCCAACAGACACCCCACCAACAGACACCCUCCAACAGACACCCUCAACAGACACCCCACCAACAGAUACCCUCCAACAGACACCACCAACAGACACCUCCAACAGACACCCUCAGCAGACACCCUCCACCAGACACCCUCCAACAGACACCCUCAACAGACACCCUCCAGACACCCUCCAACAGACACCCUCCACCAGACACCCUCCAACAGACACCUCCAACAGACACCCUCCAACAGACACCCACCAGACACCCCCCUCCAACAGACACCCACCAACAGACACCCACCAACAGAGACCCACCAAAAGACAUCCUCCAACAGACACCCUCAACAGACACCCUCCAACAGACACCCUCCAACAGACACCCUCCAACAGCCACCACCCCUCCAACAGCCACCCUCCAACAGACACCUCCAACAGACACCCUCCAACAGACACCCUCAACAGACACCCUCCAACAGCCACCCUCCAACAGCCACCCCUCAAACAGCGCCUCCAACAGACACCCUCCAACAGACACCCUCCAAACAGACACCCUCAACAGCCACCUCCAACAGCCACCCUCCAACAGACACCCUCCAACAGACACCCUCCAGCAGCCACCCUCCAACAGACACCUUCCAACAGACACCCUCCAACAGACACCCUCCAACAGACACCUCCAGCAGCCACCCUCCAACAGCCACCCUCCAACAGACACCCUCCAACAGACACCCUCCAACAGACACCCUCCAACAGACACCCCUCCAACAGCCACCCCUCAACAGACACCCUCCAACAGCCACCCUCCAACAGCCACCCUCCAACAGCCACCCAAGACACUUUCCUGACACCUAA